AUGAGCUCCGUCCGGGACAACAACCUGAAACUGCCCAUCCAGGAGGUCCACGAGAUGGACAGUCUACCCAGCAAGAAAGCCUGGGACAACGCAGGGUACGAGGACUCCCCGCCCAGCUCCCCUUUCAAAGUGCAGACCAUCUACAAUCCCAGCUCUUUCCCCAGCAAUCCCUAUGGUUGUGAGGAACCCCCGCUGUAUCCCGACAGGAGCAAAGCUGAACCAGGAUGCUGCCUGACUAUAGUGAAGGGAAUUCGAGGUUUGUGGGGCACCAAACUGACUGAAAACUUAUCCAACAAUCCAGAGCUACACAUCAGGAGAACUUUGCGUGAACUGUUAGUUUACAUAGUCUUCCUUGUGGACAUCUGUUUGUUGACCUAUGGAAUGACCAGUUCAAAUGCCUAUUACUACACUAAGGUCAUGUCAAACCUCUUCCUGUCGACUGCAGUAGAUACAGGGGUCACCUUUCAAACCAUCCACAGCAUGGCUGACUUCUGGAGUUACGCACAGGGCCCCUUGCUGAACGGACUGUAUUGGACCAAGUGGUACAAUGGAGAUUCAUUUUCGCAUGGCCCUCAUUCGUUUAUUUACUAUGAGAACAUUCUCCUGGGGGUCCCCCGUAUCCGGCAGAUUAAAGUGACGAAUAAUUCCUGCGUGGUUCACAAAGACUUUCGAAAAGACAUCGACGGGUGCUAUGAUGUCUACACGGCCGACACUGAAAGGAAAUCCUCCAUCAGGAACGAAACUGCGUGGACAUAUUACUCUGAGUCGGACCUUGGAGGCUCCACACACUGGGGUAAGCUAACUGUCUAUGGCGGUGGUGGCUACUAUCAAGACCUCAAGACAACCCUGGCUGAAAGUGCUGCAAUUCUACAAAACCUUAAGGAUAGUCUCUGGCUGGACAGAGGAACUCGUGCAGUCUUCAUUGAUUUCUCUGUGUACAAUGCAAACAUUAAUCUCUUCUGUGUUAUAAGGCUUGUUGUAGAAUUCCCGGCGACGGGUGGUGCGAUCCCCUCAUCACAGUUCCGCACUGUGAAACUCAUCCGUUAUGUCAACAACUGGGAUUAUUUUAUCAUUGGCUGUGAAGUCAUCUUCUGCGUCUUUAUCCUUUACUACAUUGUGGAGGAGAUAUUGGAAAUCAGAAUUCACAAACUGCAAUACAUCAAAUGCAUCUGGAAUUGCUUGGACCUGGUGGUAAUCUUGCUCUCUCUGCUUUCGAUAGGUUUCCACAUUUUCCGUACGAUUAAGGUGAACAUCCUGAUGGGAGCAUUGCUGACAGAUCCAGAAUCCUACGCUGACUUUGAGUUCUUGGCUUUUUGGCAGACCCAGUAUAAUAACAUGAAUGCUGUCAACUUGUUUUUUGCUUGGAUUAAGAUCUUCAAAUAUAUUAGUUUUAAUAAGACGAUGACCCAGUUGUCCUCGACCUUAGCACGAUGUGCUAAAGACAUCCUUGGUUUUGCGAUUAUGUUCUUCAUUGUUUUCUUCGCCUACGCUCAGUUGGGAUAUCUUCUCUUUGGAACCCAAGUGGCAAACUUCAGCACUUUCCUCAAAUGCAUUUUCACUCAGUUUCGAAUAAUCCUUGGUGACUUCAACUUUGAUGAGAUAGAUAAUGCCAACAGAAUCUUGGGUCCAAUUUAUUUUGUCACCUACGUUUUCUUUGUCUUCUUCGUUCUGCUUAACAUGUUCCUGGCGAUCAUAAAUGAUACGUACUCCGAGGUGAAAGCUGAUCUCUCUGUUCAAAAAAGUGAACUCCAGAUUACAGACAUCAUCAAACAGGGAUAUAACAAAGCUUUGAUGAAAAUGAAGCUGAAAAAGGAGCGAAUUUCUGAUGUGCAGAAAACUCUUCAGAAUGGAUCCAAAAAGCUGGAUUAUGAGGAUUUCAGAAGCAAUCUUAAGGACCUGGGUCACUCUGAUGAAGAGAUCAAUGAUACUUUCUCGAGAUUUGAUUCUGAUGACAAUAAGAUACUGGAUGAGGAAGAACAGACUCGGAUGCAGAAUGAAUUAGAGGAAAAGAAGAUUGCUCUAAAUGCCGAAAUAGAAAAUUUGGGAAAGAAUCUUGGGUGUCCGGACAGCUCACACACUUUGGCUUAUAUGAAAAACAACAGCAACAAAGUAAACAAUGGCGUGACCACUGAGGAUUUCCAGAUGUUGGGGCAUCGUGUUGUUCAGCUGGAACGUUCAGUUAGCAGUAUUGUGUUGAAACUUGAUGCAAUCUCUGUUAAAGUUGAGACAAUGGAGAAAAACAAAGACAUGGUGGAAAAGCUGUUCAACAUUUUUCAAAAGGGCGAAAGAUGGAAUCCGACUGAACACCUGUAAUUGUCAGAAAAGCAGUAAAGUCAAGACUCAGCAAACACACCAAGACUAAAUCAUUGAGAAGACUUCUCUAGAUGAUUUCUUCCAGGCCAGGCUCUGUUGACUAUUCACCUCAAAAGAAUAAGCACAAGGUCCUUUCCUGAGAGAAAUAAAAAAAUUAAGAGAUGGAAACUUCCCUAAUUUUUUGGGGGGCAUUUUUUUGUCACAAUCCCCAGUGCAGCCUAUUGCCAUAUUAAUUCCCUGAGUCAGACUUUGCUGCUGUGAUCCCCAUUGUGCAUAAUAGAUAGACAAAGACAAACGCAAGCUAUUUAUGAUCGCUGUAAAAUAUUCGCACAUUUUCAUUCAGUGAGGAUAAUAUUCUGGCGGACUCAAAUACAAACAUGUCAUGAUGGAGAAGGCACAUUGCUGGAGAUCAAAUAGAUAUUAUUAUCCACAUUUUUCCUUGGACAGGUCUAAAUUACAAUGGGCCAUUUCUUAUCCAUAAACAAUAUGCAUUAAUGGUGAGGGCUCGGGUUGUCGCAAAUGGUUAAUUGGAACGUCACUGGCGCAGUUUCCUCAUCUCUCUGUCGAUUCAUUUCAAUCGGUUAAAAUAUCAAAGACAUUGCACCCACAGCCUUACAAUAAGCUGUAAACAAGACACCAAAGCUGGUUCAGUGUUUCUGACAAUAAAACGAAUAUGUACAAAGCAGCUCACAAGUUCAAAGGAAUGUCAUAUUUUCAAUCUACAAUUUUUCCAGAUUACACACAGCUACAUUAAUUAUAUUUCUUAUUAGCAUUUUCAAAUUGACCGUUACAACUCUAAUGUUCACUUCAUGUUGUUUCCCCCUCAACCUGCUCAGUUGCUGAAUCUGUUUCUUUUAGUCUCCCAAGGUACCUUGGAGAUCUCAGACUGACACCGUGUGACUGUUUUCAGCUAGCACUAGACUACGCUGGCACCUCACCCUAACCUGGCCUGACCCUACUGUGUAUCCUAUAUCAUCCUUGUAUAAAUUGUUAGCUUUAGUGCCCUCAGCACAGAGCUUCUGAACAGUGAAGAAGUUUUCGAUUUGGGAAAAUACCGCUGGUGGGACUGGAAAUAAAAUACAUCACGAAUUGGAACAACAUUUUAAUUCCCAAAAUGUGCUUCUGUUGCGUGAAGCUACAAUUUCAGCUAUAAUUCAAAACUUCUUCUCAGGGCAGAUACACUUUGUAAAAUCAUUGCCUCUUCUCCAUUUCAUAGACAGUGAGAGGUUUGUACUCUAGAGGGACUAAGAACUCCAACAGAUAGAAAGGGGCUGAGAACUGUAGCAGAGAGAAAGCAAAGCUCAGGUACUUCCUGGAGCAAGGUUUUGGCAAACAAACAAUCAUUGCCCACCCAGCUUGCUGAACACUCAGAUUUUUGACCCGGUGGAUUCCACUCUCUAUAAUCUAGUUGGUUCCCUUCCCAGAAGAACAGCUCAGAAGGGAGAGGAGGACAUUACUGGAAUAUCCUGACGCUGUUUUCAAUGCCUGGUCAUUUCAAGUAUGUAGGUUUAUAACUUUAAAAACAAAUCAAGCCAGCACAUCUGACCACAGAUUGAUGAUGGCAGUGACAUUCUCCAUCAGUAUAUUAUGCAGAUCAGAAACAAUGCCUUUGUUUAAGUGAUAAUAGAAUACAAUUCAGUACAACACAGAUACAGGCCUUUCAGCCACCAAGCCCAUGCCAAUUCCUAGUUCUUAUUUAUUCCUACAACUUAUUGCCCAUGCAUGAUUUCUAUCCAUCUAUUUAUCUCCCAUCCAUGUGUCUAUCAAGAUAUGCCUUACACGUUAAUGAUGUGCCUGCUUCCACCACCUCCACCGGCAGUACAUCCCAGGCACCCACCACCCUCUGGGUGAAAAAUUUCCCUGCACAUCUAAACUUGGCCCCCCUCUUCUUUAACCCUUGCCCUCUUGUAGUUGACCAUUCCACCGCAGGAAUAAGCCUCUAUUAUCCAUCCUAUCUAUGCCUCUCUUAAUGUUGUAGACCUCUCAGAUUGUCCAUCAGCCUCCAUCUUACCAGUGAAAACAAUCCAAGUUUGUCCAAUCUCUCCUCAUAACCAAAACCCUCCAGACCAACAGCUUCCCCACCACUGACAUCAGUCUCAAUGGCCUGUUAUUACCUAGAUUAUUUCCAUUUCCAUUCUUAAACAUUGGAACCGUGCCAACUAUUUUCCAGUCCCUGUUUUUCCAGUUCUCUCGCCUAAGGCCAAGAAGAUUCAAAGAUAUCUGUUAACUCUCUGGCUAUUUCCUUCCUUGCCUCCCCAAGUAUCCUGGGAUAGGACCUGUCUGGCCCUGGAGACUUGUCUACCUUAAUGUAUUUCAAGACACCCAACACUUCCUGCUUCAUUAUGUCGACCUGUUUGAGGGAUUCACAUACCUUUCCCAAACUUCAACAGCCCUCGGGUCCCUUUCUUUGGUAAAUACUGAUGUAAAGUACUCAUUAAGGAUCUCACCCAUUUCCUUUGUCCUUGAAGGGGCCUACUCUUUCCCUAAUUACCCUCUGGCUCCUAAUAUAUGUAUAAAAUGCCUUCGGAUUCUCCUUAACCCUGUUGGUCAGGGAUAUUUCAUAGCCCCUUUCAGCCCUCCUAAGUUCCUGUUUGAUCCCCUUUCUACUUUCUCUAUAUUCUACACAGACUUGGUCUGUUUUUAGUUGCCUGGACCUUAGGUAUGCUUCCUUUUUUUUGGACUAAGCCAAUUUCCACUGUCAUCUGAGGUUCCUGAAUCCUGCCAGUCCUGUCCUUCAUUGUUAUGCUUGUCCAGCAUUCUAAUCAACUGGCCCUUUAAAAACUAACACGUUAGAUGCGGAUUUACCCUCAAACAGCCAUUCCUGAUUCUUGCCUAAUUCAUUUAUAGUUGGCCUUCCCCCAACUUAGCACCCUCAACUGAGGUCCACUCUUCUUCUCAUCCGUAGGUGUCCAAAAACAUACUGAAUUAUGGUCACUAUUCCAAAAUGCUCCUGCACUGAAACCUUGAUCACUUUGCUGAGCUCAUUUUCCAAUACCAGAUCUGGUAUGGCCCCCUCCCUCAUUGGACUGUCCACAAAUUGUUUCAUAAAACCUCCUCCCAGACACAUUAAUAAACUGCCCUCACCCUAAUCCCUGGCACUAAGAGUGUCCCAGUCAGUAUGGGGGAAGUUAAAAUGACCGACCACAACAGCUCUGUUAUUUUCACAUCUUUCUAGAAUCUGACGACAUGUCUCUUAAUCUUUCUCCCGCUGGCAGCUGGGAGAUCUGUAGUACAAUCCCAGCACUGUGACAGUGCCCUACCUAGUCCUUAGCUCUACCCAUGAUGGCUUGCUGCAAGAUUCUUUCUGGGUGUCCUCCCUCAAGACAGCUGUGAUAUGCUCCCUAACCAGUAAUACAAUUCCUCUACCUCUUAUGCUUCCUUCUCUGUUGUGUCUAAAACAUCGAUAUCCCAGAACAUUCAGCUGUCUAUCCUGUCCCUCUUUCAACCAUGAUAGCAACAAUAUCACAAUUCAUGCAACAUGUCCUUCUUAUACAGGUCCCAUCUUCCCUGGAAGAUAUCCCAAUGAUCCACAUAUCUGAAGCCCUUCCCCCUGUACCAGCUCUUUAGCCACAUUUUCAAUUCUACCUUGUCUCUGUUCCUAGCCUGUGCAGCACAUGGCACAGGGAGUAAUCCUAAGAUUGGCUUGUGAAGCUAAUUGCACUUUUGCCUAGAAUUAGACUGAUUAUACAUAAAAGCACAUUUCCAGCAUGUUUUUGGGAAUGGCUCAUUACCACCUCAUAUGCCCUCUAUUUUCCUGAGAAACCUAGAAAUAAAAGGAACAGGAGUAGGUCAUUAGCCCUUCAAACCUGCUGUGCCAUUCAUUCAAUAUGACCAUGGUUGAUCAUCCAACUCAGUAAUCUGAUCCUGCUUUCACUCCAUAUCCUUUGAUCCCUCUAACCCUUAGAUAUAUUUUUUAACUCCUUCUUGAAGAAUUUCAGUGUAUUCUAUGCCAGUCCUGUGUGUCUGUCUGCCCCUGCUCUGAUGAGUUAUUCCAGUUGUGUGUUCAAACUCCACUCCAAAACUUGAACAUUUAAAUCCAGGCUGAUAAUUUGACUGAGAUGAACCAUAUUUUAAUAGAACAAGACUUUGGACUGAGGCAUUGAUUCUUGUUCAGAAUACUUAAAUGAUCACAGGAUUCUAAAAUUAUUCAAAGACCAGGGAGUUUUUCCAGUGUCCUGGCUGACAUCCAUACACCAACCAGCACAAUCACAAAUGACUGAUGCUCCCUUAUAUGAUUCUUCAUUUGUUCUACAUGACAAUAAUAAUUACACAAUAAAUUUAUUGGUUAUGCAGCACUUUGGGACGUGAAAGACACUAUUUAAAGACUAGUAACACAAGCUUGCUGUUUCUAACUCAAAAAUCUGAAUGUCACCUAUGAAAUCAUGUUAUCAAUCGUCAAUCCUUAAAAGUCCCCUUUGUAUUGUUUUAGUAGACUGUGAUAUUUACUGACAGCAAAAUAUUCAGUUUCCAAACUGAGAAUGAGAAAUUACAGAAAUCUGCAGAGAAUUACAUAAAAUGGGCAUACAGUUGUAUCCAAGUACUGUGCUUGCAAAAUCUUUGUGACAGCUAUCACAGGAUUAAAUAAAAAGAGUGGGGUUUUUGUGCAUUCAUCACACGUGGGAGUGAUUCCACUAAUUCUAUUGUAGAUCAGUCUGUCACUGCUCUUAAAAUCACUCCGACUGAGGAAAGUGGGCAUUUUUACAGCUUACGCCCUUUAGAGUUUCAUUUGCUAUUAUGAUGUGCAUACAAGAGAAUAAUCAUGUGGGAAGGACUUUUAAUCAAAUAUUUUAUUUCUCAUUGCACAGAAAAAGACUGUAUUGCUGUAUGUGGUCACCGCUGCUUGUUCACAACUGAAAAGAGACCACUGUUUGCAUGAAGUGCAUUUAUUGCCCACAGGGUCUAUUUCUGAUUACUGUUAUGUCACACACCCAACAGCUCUAAGAUCUGGUAGCUUAACAUCUUCAGUGGCCUGGGAUAACACAGUGUGGAGCUGAAGGAAUGCAGCAGGCCAGGAAGCAUCAGAGGAACAGGAAAGUUGACCUUUCCGGCCAGCAAUUUUUGAAGAAGGGUCCCAACCCGAAACGCCAACUUUCCUGCUCCUCUGAUGCUGCCUGGCCUGCUGUGUUCCUCCAGCUCCACACUGUUUUGUCUGACUCCAGCAUUUGCAGUUCUAUCUCCACUCUGAACAUAGUUUAUUUGUGUUCAUUGUUUCAAAGAGUCUGGAUUCCUACAGCCCAACACAAUUCCUACUGCAGGUAGUAGAAAGGUGGUGAAGUUACCAUUGCCCUACCAGAUCAAGGAGCUGCUCUCUCAUUAGAGAUGGACAACAGGUGGUGGUUUAAUGGGAGGGUCACCACAUCUCCAGCAAGGUGGAGUGGAAGGGGUGGUGGAGGUUGAGAAGGAGAGUCCUUCAUGACAAACUCAGCUGGUGCAGGAAUUGAACUCUCACUGUUACUCCACAUCACAAACUAGUUGUCCAAUCAAAUGAACUAAUGCCCAUGUAGUAAAUGGUCAUAACCAGAUGCUGCAAAAAAGCUGUAAACAACUCCAUUUUGUAUUGCCAGGGUAACUUGUUUCUGUUGAAUUGGAAAGAAACAACAACCAGCACCUGGCAACCUGAGCUGUGAGAAACAUUGUUACCUCAAAAGUCUAAAGUACGUCUGGACAGUGCUGUAGUCCUUUUUCAGUAGUCCACAUGCUUAAAUAUUUAUGGUCUUCAUUAAUAGCUUUUAUAACUCUGCAAAUGAAUAGUGAAAUGAGUAAACUAUAGAGCACUUCACA